CAGAUACUGCGCAUCCUCAGACGUGAUUCAUUCCCUGCCAGAAAACGGUCGUCUUCGCUCUUCUCACCGCAUUUAGAUGCGAACAGAAACGCUUCGAUCCGGAAAUAAAGACAAAAGCCAUCAGCAGGAAUUCAAUUGUUCUGUUCUGAGCAUAUCUACAGACAGAAACGGUCGAAAUAAAAUCUGCGACACAGCUGCAGUCGACGCUUUUCCCCUCUUUGUUUGAUACUUUCUUUAAAGGAUGAAAACCAAAUUCAUCAACGGGGUUUCCUCCUCCCCGUCCAUGUCUCUGGGUCUCCUGGUGACCGAACACGCCCUGCAGGUCCAGCCCGACGCCCAGGACGACUGCAAGGAGCUGGCCCGCCCCAGUGACCAGGCGGACCAGGACACCCGCCGUAAGGCCUUUCUGUGGUGCCGGGAGUUCCUGCACGGAGCCUGGAAGGAGCUGACCGAGGAGAACUUCCAGAUCACCGUCAUCAGGGGUGGUCUGAGCAACAAGCUCUUCCUGUGCAGCCUCCCUGACAGCCUGGACUCUGUCGGGGACGAGCCGCGGAACGUCCUGCUGCGCCUCUAUGGGGCCAUCCUGCAGAUGUCCUGUAAUAAAGGAGAUUCUGGGCAGUCAAACAAAGAAAAUCACUUCCAAGGCGCAGAGGCCAUGGUUCUGGAGAGUGUCAUGUUUGCCAUCUUGGCCGAGAGAGAGCUCGGACCCAAACUCUACGGCAUUUUCCCUCAGGGACGUCUGGAGCAGUAUGUUCCUAGCCGUAAGCUGGACACCUGGGAGCUGAGUGAACCCAGCAUCUCCGCUGAGGUGGCCGAGAAGAUGGCCCGCUUCCAUGCCAUGAGGAUGCCCUUCAACAAGGAGCCAAAGUGGCUCUUUGGAACCAUGGAGAAGUACCUGAGCCAAGUCAUGAAGCUGAACUUCACCAGAGAGACUCAGCUGCGCCGCUUCAACCGCCUCCUGGCCCUCAACCUGCCGCAGGAGAUGGAGAUGCUCAAGUCACUGCUGGAGUCCACCAACUCUCCUGUAGUGUUCUGUCACAACGACUGUCAGGAAGGUAACAUCCUGCUGCUGAAGGGCCGACAGAGCUCUGACAAACAGAAGCUGAUGCUCAUCGACUUUGAAUACAGCAGCUACAACUACAGGGGCUUCGACAUCGGCAACCAUUUCUGUGAGUGGAUGUACGACUACAGCUGCGAGGAGCACCCCUUCUUCAGAGCCGACGCUCAGAAGUACCCCUCAAAGACCCAGCAGCUCCACUUCAUCGAAAGCUACCUGCGGGAGUCCGACGCCGGCUUCCACAACCUGAGCGCCGCCGACCAGAUGAAGCUGAAGGAGGAGCUGUUUGUGGAGGUGAACAGGUUUGCCAUGGCGUCUCACUUCUUCUGGGGCUUGUGGUCGAUCAUCCAGGCCCGUCUGUCCACCAUCGAGUUCGGAUACCUGGAGUACGCCAAGGCCAGGUUUGAGGCCUACUUCCAGCAGAAGAAGAUCUGGGCGGCCUAAAGGAUCGGCAGCAUCGGCUGGUUUGAUGUUGAGCCGACGCGUCCUGAAGCGGGACGCAGAGGCCGUUCCGCCAUCCAUGCUUUUCUUCCACACCCCUCAGGGGAUUUGCUGCUGCUGACAGCCGAACUGGGCGCUCAAAGGAUGCGCCUCUGUCCGCUGCAGCUCAGAGUUCACUCUGACUUUUACUAACCCUCAUCAGCAGCCUUGUUCAAACCACACGGCUAACACGAUGCUUCAGAGCGGGACAGCUGUGCAGACGCUGCUAGUUUGGAAACCGCCUGUAGAUCCUCUAUUGGAAACCAACCAAAACGAACCUUUGGGUCGUCUCACUCACUGAGGCAGCACUUGGUUAGCUGUGUGUGUAACAAACCCGUGGGGGUGAUGCCCCGCCUGUUGGUGACCGGUCUGUUUUCUGUAAACACUCGCUGUUAGUUUGACUUUCUAUUUUUAAAAUGAUGGCUUUGACACAUUUAGGCCAAGGAUAAAACCGUUUUUUAUUGUGAAAAUGUGAAUAUUUUGCACCAAAUCACACUGAAAAUCAAAGAAAAGCCGUCCUUGAUAUAACUAUGCCAGAUUAUUGAUGACGUAUUGAUUCUGAGCACUGUGAUGAGAAGAGGUCACGCUUAAAGUGGAGCGUGGUUCUGAAAGGGUUGACUGAUCACCUGUGCCUGUCAGAAGAGCCAUGACCCAAACCGUCACUCUGCUCCAUGGAGUUUUACAUCAUUAACCAAGUACAAUCUGACUCAAGGCAAACAAUAUUGUGAUGGAAAAUGUUUAACUUUUUAAAAAGAGAGGAGAAAGCGGCGACAUAUUCGACAUUCAUUAAAUGAAGUUCCAAAAAUCUGAGAUUUAAGACAUAAAAUCCCUCAAAUAUCACCUGAAAAGCAUUGAGUUCCAAAUAACCAGAAUGUUUUCAAGCUAAAAAAAUAAUUUCCCUUCAUGUUGCAAUGCCAUUCAACUCCUUAAAUUCCCACUCCGAUCAUCUUUAGUCAAUUCUUAAAUCAUUCCCAGAGCUCUUUAAAUCGGGAUUAUGCAGUUUUCAGCCAAAAUCAAAAAACCUGCGUCGUUUUUUAAGACUAUUUUCCGCAAUAGUUCAUUAGAAAUUUGCCUCAGGGUCGUUGGCGGGACUGUCUCGACUUCCCAUCAUUCCUAUGUUUACACUCCUGCUAGCUUACAGACCCUCACAACCCCGAGCUAACAUUAGCAAAACAAAAGCAAUACCAGAGCUAUGCAGCCGUACAGUUUAGAUCCAGAUUCCAGCUCAGACGAGGAAAACAAAGACGUUCAUUGAUCUAUUCGUCUGCAUGUGGACGCAUCAGGACGACUUCACAAAUUACCUGCUCCUGAUCCAUCACAAUUUGAAUGAAUGGUUUUAAUCUUAUAAAUGCUCCUAAAACAUGUUAAAAAUACCUAAAACACCAUUUUCAUUGGAGUGGGUCUUUAAAGCAGGAAGGGAUGAACGUUAGCAAACUCCUUCAACAGCUGGCGCUAGCUAACACUAACAACCCUAAGUUGGGUCCUUUAGUUUAAACAAUGAACUCCUAUAAAUAUUCAGUUUUCAAAGAUGAUUUGAACUCCGCGAAGGUGUGACUUCAGCUAAUCAUGUUGAGUUACUCGUAUGCUAGCUAUCCUGACAAACUAAAAACCGUAAUCUUUGUGCAUUUUAAGUUUCUGCCACACUAAAUAUUUAUUAAUUUUUUUUUACGAGUGUAGCUUCAUCAGUGUUAAUGUUGGCCUAAAAUGUGCUGUUAUGUAAAAGUGCAGCUGAAGAACUCAUACAAACGUGCUGCUGUGACGAGCGCGGUAAAACUGCUUCAGUUCUGCACUUAUCUGUGGGUAGAGUUGUGUUAUCAGCUCAUAGUGCCAUACGCACACACACACACACACACACGCACGUCAGAGCGCUGCUGUGAAUAAAGCUGUGGAACGCCGUCAGAGGCACAUGAAGGCUGGUUUCCUGUGUGGUCGGGCUUCGGUUAGGAUCACGUGAAAGCUGCUUCAGCUGUCAAACCUCCUCCACACUGAGCCUGAAACUGGUCCCUGAACCGGGUCCUGAUCCUGGAACCACUUUUAGAUGUUUGACUGUGACACUUUUGCAGACUGAAACUAGAUGAAAGGGUAGCAGAACUGUGACUAUGACCUUCUUGAUAUUGUUUCUUUAACUGCACAUGCUGGUGAAGCCUGUUCAUAUUUAGUCUUGUGUGGACUGGACGUCCAUCCGCAGGUUCUACAGCAUCUCUACAGGCUGAAUUAAUUUGUUUUUUUAAGUAUUAAUGGUCAUUUUUUUGUAAUCCUGUAUUUUCAUUUGUCAUCUUUGUUCCUCUCUUCGUUUUGAUUCUGUUGAAGCUCCAGCAGAAAUGUUUUCUGCAGAAAGAACAGCAAAUAUUCCCACUUUGGAACAAACGCAUCCUGUUUCUGUUCGGCGUUAAACUCACUAACAGAACUGCUUGUCAAAUUGAAAGUCGUUGCAGAUGUUUUUAUGCUGCGUUGUGUGCUCGGCAGUGACGGCUUUGCAGAAGGCGGAGCUUGUUCUCGUCGGGGUGUCGGGACGCAGAGAUGAUCCUGGCUGUAAAUGUAUCGCUUUGCACAAAUAAAACUUUUAAAUUUAAAAGCU